UUUUCAUGAAAACGACAAAACAUGAUUUUCCUUUCUCUCUCUACUUCCCCGACAUUAUUUCUCUCUUUCCAACUCCCUGCUUUUCGAUUUUCUUCGAAUUGCAACAAAUUAGUACCUAAUUAGGUGUAAAUUGUCAAUUUUCAUCGCAAUUUAACGGGUUAUAUCAAUUUCCAGCUUCAAUUUUUGGAGGUCUUCAAGGUUUUGCUGCAAAAUUCGAAGGUAAUUUGAAGAACUUGCUUCUAAUUUCCGCGGCACACAAUUAUUCACUUAAAUCAAAAGUGAAGCUCAAAUCAGAAAUUUUGAGGGUCUACAGACCUUUUGCAAGCGCAUCACUGCACUUUGAGGUUUCCGAGAGCAACUAUGCAGAUUUCUUGAACAACCAGAGAUUUGGAAGGUAUAACUAAGGUUAUAUCCGAAAUUUGGAGUUGCUCCACUGCUUGGACGAGGGAUUGGUGGCAACUGGCAAGCUCCGGAAGAGCCUGAGGCCCUGAGCUAUUGAUUAUUGAUUGAUUAAGGAUUAAGGAGCCAAAAAUAAAAGUUAGGAAAACCCUCAAAAAUGAAUUUAAGCAUCGGUAACACCGCCACAAAUUCAUCUAAUUUCCCUGCAAUUUUCCAAAACCCAUCUUUUUUACCCAGAAAUAAUUCAUCAAUAACCCCUAAAAUUCUCUCAAAUAGUCACCCAAAAACUCUAAUAAUAACGGCUUCUUCAAAUAGCAGCAGCAACAAUAAUCAAAACACACCCACAAACAGCAGCAGAGAUCAUCGGUGGUCUCUUAGUGGGAUGACGGCUUUAGUCACCGGCGGCACUCGUGGAAUUGGGCUUGCAAUUGUGGAGGAAUUGUUGGGUUUUGGAGCAAUUGUGCAUACUUGUGCUAGAAAUGAAGUUGAGCUUGAUAAUUGCUUGAAAAGUUGGGAAAAUCAAGGGUUUAAUGUUAGUGGGUCAGUUUGUGAUGUGUCUUCUUGGGAGCAACGAGAGAAGCUUCUGGAUACUGUUUCAUCUGUUUUUUAUGGCAAGCUUAACAUUCUUGUCAAUAAUGUUGGGACAAAUAUACGGAAACCAAUUGUUCACUUCACUCCACAAGAAUAUUCGACACUGAUGACUACAAAUUUUGAGUCUGUUUUCCAUUUAAGCCAGCUGGGUCAUCCUCUCCUAAAAGCUUCUGGCUGUGGAAGUAUUGUGUUUGUUUCUUCUGUUUCUGGUUUUGUUUCCCUGAAAUCGAUGUCUCUUCAAGGAGCAACUAAAGGAGCAAUUAAUCAACUGACUCGAAGUUUGGCAUGUGAAUGGGCAAAAGACAAUAUUAGGAGCAAUGCUGUUGCGCCUUGGUACAUCAAAACCACUAUGGUAGAAAAGGUUUUAAGCAAUGAAGAUUAUCUAGAGGAAGUUUAUUCUCGUACACCACUUUGUCGUCUUGGAGACCCAGCAGAAGUCUCUUCUCUGGUUGCAUUCCUUUGCCUCCCUGCAUCUGCUUACAUUACUGGUCAAAUUAUUUGUGUUGAUGGCGGAAUAUGGUCUCUUAAUGGCAUGACUGCUUUUGUUACUGGGGGCACUAAAGGAAUCGGGUUUCUCCCUUCAUUCGAUGUGGAAGAACUAGCAAGCUUUGGGGCAAGGGUUCAUAGAUGUGCUAGAAAUGAGAGUGAACUUGAAGCAUGCAAAUGCAACUGGGAGAUAAAAGGCUUUCAAGUCAAUUGUUCUGUUUGUGAUGUAACAUCUCGAUCCCAGAGACAGAAGCUGAUGGAGAUUGUCUCCUCCAAGUUCAAUGGGAAGCUCAAUAUGUUGGCGAACAAUGCCGGGACUGGCAUAGUUCAACCAACAGAGGAGUUCAAAGCUGAAGACUAUGCAACUAUAAUGGCCACCAACCUUGAAUUGACUUUUCAUUUAUGCCAACUUGCUCAUCCAUUCCUCAAAGCAUCUGGGUUUGGCAACAUCAUCCUCAUAUCUUCUGUUGCAGGUGUUGUGGCUCUCAAUGUUGGCUCUGUUUAUGGCACAACAAAAGGAGCAAUGAACCAACUAGCAAAGAAUUUGGCAUGUGAAUGGGCAAAGGAUAAUAACAGGACUAAUUCUGUUGCACCAUGGUUCAUCCGGACCCCUCUUACUGACCCGAUUCUUAGUGACAAAGAAACUUUGGAAGGAAUUGAAGGAAGAACUCCUCUUGGAAGAAUAGGAAAGCCGGAAGAGGUGUCGUCGUUGGUGGCAUUUCUAUGCAUGCCUGCAGCUUCUUACAUUAUUGGACAGACCAUAUGUGUAGAUGGAGGUUACACUGUCAAUGGCUUCAUUCCCAACAUUAUGUAAUAAAGUUAUGAUACGCAGUUGUAGAAGAACUAGCUGGAUUAGGGGCAAGGGUUCAUACAUGUGCUAGGAACGAGUCUGAACUCGAUGCUUGCAAACGCAAUUGGGAGUCGAAAGGCUUUCAAGUCAGUUGUUCCGUUUGUGAUGUAACA